AAGAAAAAAGAAACUAAAAAAUAGAAAAACCGUCCAACUAUGAACUAUCCGAUCACCAUCCGAAAUCCUAAUCCCUAUCCCCCACCUCACCCACUCACGCGUUCGUCGUCAUCACGCGCCCGUCCCGGCGACUUCACCGAUUAUUCUUCCUUCCCCUCUUUCCCUCUUUCCAUUCUUACCCUUCAUGCCUUCCCUCUUUCAUCCGUCUCUCUCGUCGCCAACCGGCAUUGGCACCCCCUCUUUUCCUAUCCUCCCUUUCUUUCUUCCUUCUUCUCCUCUUUACAAAAUAUAUAUAAUUGUAUAUAUCCUGCCAAUUUUUUCUCCAUCAGAUCGGCCGUGAUUUUUUUGAUCAGUUAAAAGAUGGGGGAAUUUAGUGAUUUAUCUCCGGCGCCGUUGCUACAGACGCCGCCGACCAGGAGUCUGCCUUUCCGGGAAGAUUGUUGGAGCGAGGAGGCGACUUCGACUCUGGUUGAUGCAUGGGGACGGCGUUAUUUGGAACUUAACCGUGGGAAUCUCCGGCAGAAGGACUGGCAGGAGGUUGCUGAUGCCGUUAAUGCUCGGCAUGGUCAUACUAAGAAGACUCGCCGGACCGAUGUUCAGUGUAAGAAUCGGAUUGAUACGUUGAAGAAAAAGUAUAAGAUUGAGAAAGCGAAAAUUUCCGAGUCCAACGGAACCCUAACUUCGUCGUGGCCGUUCUUUGCUAGGCUUGAUGCUUUGAUAGGGAAUAAUUUGAAGAAUCAGCAGCAAAAAACUUCUCCGAUGGUGAAUUCGUUAUCUUCUCACUCCCCGUUGUCGUUGCCUUCGCCGCCGAUGGGGAUUCCGUUGAUUAAUAUGAAGCUGCCGCAGCUGUUGCCGCCGGCUACGAGUGCGGCGGUGGAGCCAGUGGUGUUGCCUCAGAAGCGGCAGUUUUCCGCCGUGGAUGAUUCCUAUUUUAGGAAGAAUUAUUCGGCUGUGGCAGCUGCUGCGGCAGCGGCGGCGGAGGAGGUGGAGGAUGAUGAGGAGGAAGAUGGGGGAUCCGAAGAGGAUGAGGAUGAGGAGGUGGAGAGAGAAGAGGGGACGGUGGCAGGGGAGGAGGGAGUGAGGAGAUUGGCUAAGGCAAUUGAGAGGUUUGGAGAGAUUUAUGAGAGGGUCGAGAAUAUGAAGCAGAGGCAAAUGGUGGAGUUAGAGAAGCAGAGGAUGCAGUUUGCAAAGGAUUUGGAAGUGCAGAGGAUGCAGUUGUUUAUGGACACACAAGUCCAGCUUGAGAAGAUUAAGCAGUCUAAACGAUCUGGAUCAGAUGAUUUAUAUAGCUAGCUACUUGGAAGAGGAUGUAAUGGCCAUCUCGCGUGAAAUUCUCUGUAGCUUACUCAAGAGCGUAGAUGGUUACUGCUAUUUUUGGAAGAAGUACAUUAGGCAGUGAUACUAUCAUGAAUAUCAGUAAAUUAUCAGCAGCAGCAGCCAUUCCACGACUUAAUUAAACUGCAGUCACUAUUAUUGUAUUAUCCAUUUAUUUUUCUCGUGUCAUUAUGAAUCGGAAUGAGAGGAUCUAGUUUUUGCUCUUUAGCUUGUGGCCAACCAAAUUGAAGAUAAUGUUUGGGCCAGUCGACAUUUCCCUCAACUGCUUCAGCUUUUCAUCAGUGGAGAUAGUUGUCCUCUCUGUAAUUAUUUUCUGAAGUGAUUAUGUUGACAUUGCAAGUUUCGGGAAUCUUGUUGAGAAGACUUUGACAGAGAAUAGGGUGGCAACUGGGUUAUAAUCGAUGGAUUUUGUUCUCUUUUGCUGCAGGAGACAAUAAACGAAUUUAAUUUAGCUGACUAAAUGCGUAGCCAUCUUUUGCAUUUUCUUUGGUGUAAACUUCUCUUUCUUGGUCUAAAUCCAAUUUUGGAAGCA